AUGAUACAUGUGUUCAAGUUCGACCCCGACUACCUGGCCAACGAGCAGCGCUACAAGGAGAUCAAAGCCGAGAUCCUGAUGUGCCCCCUCCCCCCUUUCCAUGUGUUCAAGUUCGACCCCGACUACCUGGCCAACGAGCAGCGCUACAAGGAGAUCAAAGCCGAGAUCCUGGGAGACGAGGAGGAGGAAGAGGACGACAAGGGCGAGAAGGGGGACGACGACGAGGAGGAGGAGGAGGAUGAGGAGAGCAGUGAGGAGGAGGAGGACGAGGAGGAGCAGGCGAAGCAGCAGGAGAUUUGCGACGAGACGGAGACCAACCUGGUGAAUCUGCGGCGCACCAUCUAUCUGACCAUCAUGGCGUCCGUCAACUUUGAGGAGGCGGGCCACAAGCUGAUGAAAGUCAACCUGCAGCCGGGGCAGGAGAUGGAGCUGUGUGAGAUGCUUCUAGCCUGCUGCUCCCAGGAGCGCACCUACCUGCGCUACUAUGGGCUGCUGGGCCAGCGAUUCUGCAUGCUGAACCGCGCCUACCAGGAGUGUUUCGAGCAGUGCUUUGUGAAGCAGUACAGCAUGAUUCACCGCCUCGAGACCAACAAGCUGCGCAACGUCGCCAAGCUCUUCGCUCACUUCCUCGCCACUGACGCCAUGCCCUGGGCGCUGCUCUCUUAUAUUCGCUUGACCGAAGAGGACACCUCCUCCUCGUCCCGUAUUUUCAUCAAGAUCAUGUUCCAGUGGGCUCUCUUUGCCCACUUCCUCGCCACUGACGCCAUGCCCUGGGCGCUGCUCUCUUAUAUUCGCCUCACAGAGGAGGAUACGUCCUCUUCAUCGCGCAUUUUCAUCAAGAUCAUGUUCCAGGCUAGCAUGCGCUCACAGGCCCAUAGGCUGUUCGCUCACUUCCUCGCCACCGACGCCAUGCCCUGGGCGCUGCUCUCCUACAUCCGCCUCACAGAGGAGAACACCUCAUCAUCCUCCCGUAUCUUCUUCAGAAUCAUGUUCCAGCUCCAGGCGGUGCCCUGGGAAUGGAAAACGAGGAAGAAGCAGGCGUACUAUAUUAUGACGACCUGUCAAGGUGCAGUACUCAAGGACUUCCACGCUUCACUUUCUUUGGAAACGAGUAUGCCGAUCUUGACCAGGGCGACGAAAGCUGCUGCUACUAUGACGACGCAAGAAGGCCAGACCUCUCCGCCGCUGGAGCAGACGGCUGGUACGGACGCGGAUGCUGGCACUCGUGUCACCCCCCCUGCUGAUGGUCGCGUCGCUCCAGUGGUCGCGACGGCGUCAACGUCUUCUGCUCCACCCUCUGCAUCUCCAGUUCCGGAUCCAGUGGCGCCUGCGCCUGCGGCCUCGUCUGCAUAUGCCUCUGCAGGGGGGGACGAGGAGGACGAGGAUGACGACGAUGGUUACUUAAGUGACGACCCGGAAGAAGGCAUUGAAGUGCAGAUUAAAGGUGCACUGGCGGCUAAGGCGCGAGUUACGCUGACGCUCUUGAUUCCGUUCGAACUGGCGAAGGAGAUGGCCGCAGUGAAGCCCUCGGUGAAAGCGCUUCUGAUCUUCCUGAAACAAAAGAAGUUAUCGGACAAGGCACUUGACGAUGUCGCGUUCCAGGAACUGCUUCCGACGUUCAUCUCCAAGAUCCACUUCAGUCGCCUGCAAGUCACGCUCGCGACGGUUGAAGACGCGGAAGUGGUGCGUCAGCACCGUGUGGAGCACAUUGUCGGAACUACGAAACAUCAGUUUGGCUGGCUGCAUCCGGUGAACCGUGCUUACGUGAAUGCGAAAUCUGACCUGCCGGAAGGAGUGGAAGUUCUGCUGAAGGGAGUCCCGGCGGAGAUCACGCCGCUCAUCGUGUAUGAAUCGCUGGUGGUUGCGAAGCUACAGAAGCGCGGCCGUUCAGCAUUCUUGCAGGGCGCAGGCUUUCACCGUGUGGUUGACCCUGUUUCGGGAUUGGACACGGACAAGAUUCGCGGGUUGGUGGUCCCGCAUCCAGGGGACAUGUACCGCUGGCGCCAUGUGGUGGAGGACCCGCUCACGGCCUCCAUCCAGUCGGCAGGGGUGGUGAGGAAGAUUCUCCGCGACCCGGCGUUGGUCCUUAUCUCGACGGAAGCCAAUGUGGAAGAAUGGCUGUGUGUCCAGGAGUGCUGCGAGCGGGCGCAUGGCGACUCUUUCGCACAGGCAGUGGCUCAUAUUGGUUCCUUCAGCCAUGGUGCGGCUCUGGGCUCGGCAGGUGUGGCGACUCGCGCGACCAAGGCGAAGCAGAGCCUGCGCGCGGCGAAAAAGCUGUACGGGAUCCGUGCAGAGAAGGCGAAGGGGAAGUAG